UCAUUCAUAUUCAAACCACAGACAACACAGCACCUGAAUUUUCGAUCUGAAAACUCAACUCGAAUACUAAAAUAAAACACCAAGAUGCGGAUGCUCAAUCUGAACCAACUUGCUCCUGAUUUUACCACCAGUGCCGUGGUGGCCGGUGGAUUCCGUAACCUAUCGCUGUCUGAUUUACGUGGCAGAUACGUCUUGUUGGUGUUUUAUCCGGCGGACUUCUCGUACGUCUGUCCCACGGAGUUGCAGGCAUUUAGCGACAGGGCUCCGGAAUUCCGAAACGUGGGCUGUGAGGUGCUGGCCUGCUCGACGGAUAGCCACUUUGUGCACUGCGCCUGGAUGAACACUCCCCGAAAGUCCGGUGGCUUGGGGGAGUUGGACAUUCCUCUGCUGGCGGACAAGUCCAUGAAGAUAGCCAGGGACUACGGAGUUCUCGAAGAGGACACAGGAUUGGCUCUACGUGCCCUGUUCAUCAUCGAUCGCGAGGGUCGCAUUCGCCAGAUCACUGUGAAUGAUAUGGGAGUGGGUCGCAGUGUGGAUGAGGCACUGCGUCUGGUUCAGGCCUUCCAGUUUAGCGACGAGUUCGGUGAAGUCUGCCCGGCCAAUUGGCGUCCGGGAGCCAGGACCAUGAAGAUGGACAACGCCGCCAAGGAGGAGUACUUCAAAUAUGCAACCUAGAUCAACAAUAUUUACAUUCUUAUGUUCAUACACAAGAGCAAGCAACCAAAUAAAGCAUAGAUGUUAUAAUGCUAA